AUACGGAGGUCCCCAGCAUGGACAAAACAAACGACCCUCGGGACACCUGAGGGGACAAAUAGUGUUACAUUUUACAAAAACUUUUAGCACAUGUUUGUUAUGGGAUGUACACCAUGUGUGUACAAUUUAGAAGACAGGUGAAUUGCAAUAAGGCUGUGAUAUAAAAAUAAGGGAAAAGGCCAAGUACCGCGGAUACUUUCCGGAUCCUGUAUUUGAUUUAUGAAAAAGGAGACGGAAAUGUACUUCCGGCAGUCGCGCCUGGAAGCAAUUGUCCGCGAUAGACGAGGGAGGCGGGUAGUGGAAGUGCAGACGUCCAGCCCCCUUCCCCAGCCCCUUUCCCCAGGACGGCUGCUGGCUGCUUUAGCUGAACAAGAGGAGGAGCAGCAGCUCGACCUCCACGGCUCCUCGUCAUCCAUCAGCUUCUGUCUGGAAACCAAACGCCAUUUCGGGGGGAAAUCCGCCACCAACUCCGUGGACUGGAUUCAAUCACGCAUUUUGAGAGCCGAGAGAGAGAGACCAGCCCAGUUCCUGUCCAUCCAGUUGGACCAGUUCCCGCUAUCCACCAAGCCCCCGGGGAUCGGGUCUCACGUUGUGUGUUCAGUCAGGAUGGGACAAUAGCAGAGGGGAGCGACACUCCUUCCUCUUCCUCCAUCCCCUCCCCCGCUCCACAGAAGCAAACAGAGUCACCCACCCGCACAGAGCCGCUCCUCCCACGCAGUCCCAGACCACCCGCCCCGCCUCCACAAGCAGUCAGGCGAGCGGCCGCUGUUGUCCCGCAAAGUGAAGCGCGCCCGCGUCGCCUUUUGUGAUGGCGACUGUUGUUGCUGCUGCCGGAGCCCCCCCGAGGAGGCGACGCCAGGGAGCGCAGGAGGCGGCGUGACGACCUCGCCAAGGCAGAAGGACGCACGCCAUCGCACCUCAGGAGAAUGCACUUCCCGGGGACGCAAAUGGAACUCACGGGGAGGUGAAGGAUCACCAUGUGGCACCGCCAGCGCCGCCUCGCCACAGUCCGCCAUCAGGCCAAAGGUCAGCUUGGGAAAUACUUGGAACAUACCUAACCGGAGCAAAGGAAUGCUGUGACCACGGAGGAAGUACUUUUCAAGUAGUUUUUUACCUGUGAAUACUUGCUGUUUGUCCUCCUUGGUGGUCUCCAGGACUGAACGCUACCAAAAGUGCCUUCAUUUUGGUUUCGCUUUUCUACUCUACCACCAUAAAGGAUGCCCUACCAGUCGGACCUUCAUGCAUGCCACCCGUGUCCAGUCCACACAUAGUCGACGAUCUUCAUCUUAGUUUUGGAAGUAACGCAAAGCCCCCCCCCCACGCUCCACCAUCGCCAUGGGGAAGUUGCAGUCCAAAUGGCGCUACCUGUUCAUGUUCCUGGGCAUCCAGCUGGUCGUCAUGGCGCUGCUGUCCCGGGAGGGCUACCACAAGAGGGUCACCUACUUCAUGCGCAUCUUCCGCAAGUCGGAGGCCGCGGGGACGUCGGUUCGAAACCACACCACACCCAACGUGCCUGGAAGCGACGUCUACGCUAACCUCUCCCAGCUGUCCAAGGGUCAGAACGGUGGGGAAGUGGUUUUCUACUGUCCCAAGACCUCCCCCCUCAUUGGCGGGCCCAUCCACGUCACCUUCCCGUCGGGACUCACCCUGGCCGAGGUGCAGCGCUUGAAUCCGCUGGUGGUGCGGGGCGGACGCUACCGGCCGCCCGACUGCGAGGCGAGGCACCGCACGGCCAUCAUCAUACCUCACCGCCACCGCGAGCACCACCUCAGGUUCCUGCUCUACUACCUGCAUCCUUUCCUGCAGCGCCAGCAGCUCAAGUACGGCAUCUACGUCAUCCACCAGGCCGGAAACUACACCUUCAACAGAGCCAAGCUGAUGAACGCCGGUUUCCGUGAGGCCAUGCGAGAGGAGGACUGGGACUGUCUCUUCUUCCACGACGUGGACCUCAUCCCCGAGGACGACCGCAACCCUUACGUGUGCGAGUCCACCCCCAAGCACGCCUCCGUGGCCAUGGACAAGUUCGGCUACAAGCUCCCGUACAACACGUACUUCGGGGGGGUGUCGGCUCUCUCGCCCCUCCACUACCUGAAAAUGAACGGCUUUCCCAACAACUACUGGGGCUGGGGGGGCGAGGACGACGACAUCGGAAUCAGAGUGUCUUUGGCGGGAAUGUACAUCGCACGGCCGUCCCUGAAGGUGGGACGCUACAAGAUGAUCAAGCACAAGCUGGACCGGGGCAACGAUGUCAACCCCAAGAGGUUCAACAUGCUGGCCAAGACGCGCCAGACGUGGAAGGAGGACGGGAUGAACACGGUGGAGUACGAGGUUUUGUCCCGGGAGUACCUCCCCCUCUACACAAACAUCACCGUCAACAUCGGCACCGAGGCCGGCCUCCACCCGCCCCCCGCCCGCCCUGCCCCCACGGCCGCCCGCCCCGCCAAAGCUGGAAAGUAGUCUUUGGGUUGAAGUACUGACUUUGGGGGUUGUAGAGAAUGGACCCCGGCAAGGUAGAGGGGUGCAUGCUGGAGGGGUAGCGUACCCCAUGAUGCUUUCACCUACGCUCGGCUUCCCGUGUACUGGGGG